CCCACGUCCCUGCCUGCAUCCCUCUCCCACCUCCCUGUCUCCAUCCCCGCCCCAGAGCCCUCGCGGCCGGGCCGGGCCCGGGGGUGCGGCGGCCCCUCGGUGCGGGGGCGGAGCGGGGCCGGACCCCCCAGCACCGCGACACCCGGCGGGGCUGGGACUACAACUCCCAUGAGGCCCCGCGGUGCCGGAUGACGCCUUCUGCGCCGGGCGGCGCGCGGGGCACGCCGGGAGCUGUGGUCCGGCGCCGUCCCGGCCUGCCCCGCGCCGCCGCCGCCGCCGCCGCCAUGGCCGCGAUGUUCCGCGCCCGCCGCCUGCUCCGCCUCGCCCGCCCCGCGCUGCUGCCGCCGCCCGCCCGCGGCUACGCCGAGCCCGCCGCGGGCCCCGCCGCAAUGGCCUUCACCUUCGCCUCGCCCACGCAGGUGUUCUACAACGGUGCCAACGUGAAGCAGGUGGACGUGCCCACGCUGACUGGCUCCUUUGGCAUCCUGGCAUCCCACGUCCCCACGCUGCAGGUGCUCCGGCCAGGCGUGGUCACAGUCUACGCCGAGGACGGGACGGCCACCAAGUACUUUGUGAGCAGCGGCUCCGUCACCGUCAACGCCGACUCCACGGUGCAGGUGCUGGCAGAGGAGGCGGUGACCAUGGACAUGCUGGACCUGGCCACUGCGAAAUCCAACCUGGAGAAGGCCGUGUCAGAAGUGGCUGCAGCGUCCGAUGAAGCUGCUAAAGCAGAAGCUCAGAUUAAGGUAGAAGCCAACGAAGCCCUGGUGAAGGCUCUGGAGUGAUUCAGGAAUCCCACCGUGGGUGCAGAACUCCCAGCCUGUCCCUGUCCUGCUCCCCAGCUGCACAGAUGGAGUGGGGCGAAUGGAGGUGGAGAAACCGUUCUCAUCAAUUAAAAGGAAAUGCAACCCCC